GAUAAGAAGAGAACACUGUGGACAGCCUCAUUACAGUCUGGCACAGUACUGGAGUCUCUCAAAACAGCCAUCAUCACCCCUAUCAAUAAAGGAUGAAAUAAUGACCAGGCCAACAAUUACCAACCAGUGGUUUUAACUUCCCACCUCAUCAAGAUUGUUGAGAGAAUGAUAAAAAAGAAAAUGGUAAAAUUUCUGAGAGCAAAAGGAGCCUUUAAUGAUGGACAACACAGAUUCAGAAAAGGAAGAUCAUGCCUGUCCCAGCUGCUAUUACACUGUUAAAAAGAUAUCAGAAAAUAUUCAAGAAGGAGAUAAUACAGAUGUCAUCUACCUUGACUUCACCAAGGUCUUUGCCAAGGUAGGCCAUGGCAUUCUCUUACACCAUAGUAUCAGAAGACCAUUGGGAAGAUGGAUUCAUAGCUUCUUAUCAGGAAGGACCCAGCAAGUAUCAGUGCAAGGAGAACUAUCUGAUUAAGAGCCAGGUAAUAAGGUGAAUGCCACAGGGAUCUAUCUUAGGACCACUCCUUUUCAUCAUACACAGUGGUGAUAUUGAUAGAGAAUUAAGACAUUGAAGCCUCCUCUUUUGCCGAUGACACCAGACUUACACAUGUAAAGUGUAAGGAAGAUAUGGUCAGGCUUCAAGAUCUCAACACCCUACUCAUCUGCUGGGCAACAACAAACAAUAGGGUCCUGAAUGGCAAGUUUGAACUCUAAGAUAUGGCAACAAUGAAGUCCUGAAAACAACAACCUCCUAUCUCUACAAUGACCAAACAAUUGAAAACAAAGAACACAUAAAAGACCUAGUAGCAUUCCUGAGCUGCAAUGCAACAUUCACAUACCACAUCCACAACACCAUGGAAACAGCCAGGAUCAUAAGUAGCUGGAUUUUUUUUAACAUUCAAGACUAGGGCAGAGCAUUGCAUGAAGACCUUGUGGAAGUCUCUGGUGUUCCCAAUGCUGAAGUACUACUGCCAGCUAUGGUCUCCACAAAAGGUGCAUGACAUAGCUGAUCUAGGGGCUCCUCAGAGGACACACUUCAAGAAUCUAGGGAGUACAUCUCAGUUACUGGGAAAGACUGGAGAAGCUUAAAAUGUACCCCCUACAGAGGAGGUCAGAACACUACAUAGUCCUGUAUGUAUGAAAAAUACUAGAGAGCAAAGUGCCAAAUGUAGAGAUUGAAAUCGACCACCACCAAAGAGACAGACUCUGCUACGUCAAAGGAACGCCAGGAAUUACAUAAAGAGUGAGGACACAUACAAACUUCACUCACAUUGGUCCUCGUCUGUUUCAACUGCCUCUCUCGAGAGCUCCGGAAUACAAGAGGCAUUAGCCCUGAAGGCUUCAAGAGGAAGCUAGAUAAGUGGUUGCGUGGCCCACCUGACCACCCACCUAUACCAGGAUGUCCUACCCAUUACCGGAACAUCCUACCUCAACUGUUACUAAGUGGGGAAAUUCCAAGUAGGAGGCCAACCUCGGCUGUCACUGACAGAAUCGCCUAAGUAACAAAAGUAAAGAAUUUCACAGAAUGGGAGCCACAUAUUGCUUGGUUCUUUCAAGAAUACUGUCCAUCCUCCUCGCUGUUGUGGCUUCAGUUGGCAUUGUAUCAUCACAGGAAAACAGCGUCAUUCCAACGAUAACAUCACAAAAACCUCAAAUAUAUACAAGGAUUAAUCCGCAGCAGAAGCCCAGUAAGAGCGAAUACCCCGCUCUUCCGCAUGCACCUGAAGACCUUGAUGACCGAGACAAAUCAGGGACGAUCAAUGGAGAUAUUGUAGAGACAACUGUUCAUCUUGUGGCUUUAGAAUUAGAACACAUUAUUCACAACUAUACUGAGGUGAUGAUAGAAGAAUUCAAUGAGACUGUAUGGAGCAAUAACCAGGCUCAUCCUACAAGACUUAGGCGUGAAGCUACUGAUUUUACAGGUAUGACACAAAGGGAUUCACAUAUUAUAGAAAAUGUGACACUACCCUCCACAUCCACCACCAAUGAUCCAGUUGCCUCAACUCCUGCACAAGAACCCCCAUCAGAGCUUAGUAUUUUUCAUAAGAUGUACCUCUGUGACCAUCCUCCAAAAACCUUUUCUCCUGAAUUCCAUGGUUCCUUGUGGGAAAGUUGCUUACAGUAUGAGAGGAUGUGGCUAACAUCUUUCAGAAACACCAUGAUGCUUUGCAAUGUUGUAUACGCUUUGACAGAAGCAAAGACACUGAAGUACGGCCAUUACCAGUCGCACAUUGGGCUACUGAAAGUUAUAACAAAUGAAGCAUAUGUAAACUUCUGUCUGCCACUUUUUCGAAGCUUUAAUAAGUGUGAGGAGAGGGAUUUUCUUACCAUAUGCUGGGAAGACCGUGUAGCGUUUUUCCAUUCCAGUAUCUGUCCUCAUUCCUCCAACGAUAUUUUCCUCGCUAGUUUCCUACUGGAUAAUAACACGGUGUGCUUCCAAGAAUUUUGCCAGGGAUGGCAGAACGUGAUGGACGGCAAGAUUGGGAGUCUGCACUACCGCCUCACUAAUGCACUGCCCGCAUCAGGUGUUCCAUCUUGUGGUUACAUGACUAGGAGUCUCAAACAUAUUAAGCGAAAAUACAAUGGAACACUUUACCUGUUUCUGAACACUCACUGGCCCUGCUGCUAUCCCUACUACACAGUGAUAUGGGCUGGCCUACCUGAAGCUCACGGACUCAAUGGUGCCUGGAGCUACAUGCCAGUGGCGUGCCAGGCAGGAGAGGUGUUGCUGGUAGUGAUGGUGGGUUGUGUGAUGGUGGGGAGCAUUGGAGGCAACUUGCUGGUGCUGGUCAUCAUGUUCCGGGGGGGACAUCGUAGACAGGAAUCCAGUAUGCUCAGAACUUCCCUAGCCUUCUCAGACAUGCUCACUGCAGCCUUUGUGAUAGUGCCAUCCUUUGUAAACCACCUGUGGCCUUUUCUCUUUCCACCAACUUAUAUCAAGUUGGAACCAAACAUGAAGCUUGCAUAUGACCUUACUGAACUUGUUAAUUCAACUUGGAAAACGUACACCACACACAGCUUCCGUACACCAAGUGGAUUCAUGAUAUUCCAGUCUGUUCUGUUCCACAUCACAUCCACAGCAUCGCUGCUCAUGCUGCUAGUGCUCAGUGUAGAGAGGUUUGUCAUUACUGGCCGGUACCUGAGGUACAAGGACUAUUUUAGCUAUGGUCGCACUGUGCUGGCUAUUACCUUCUCUUGGAUUACUAGCCUUGCUAAUGCCCUCUGGUUUGCAGCUCAUGAUGAUGGAAGACUCUCUGCUCAGUGGCUUACCUUUGAAAAACUGCCAACAGGUGCAUCAUGGUAUGGUCAAGGUGGAGUCCGCCUUAUCAUUUACCAUGGGCAGGUUGUUAUUUUCUUUACACUGGGAAUUUCUGUUGUUACCUUCUCAGCACUGGCCAUAAGAAACUUCGUGAAGGAACAGCUGCAUGUGGCUAAAGAGUGGAGGAGACUCAAAAUGAAAGCUUCCAAGCAGUACAGUAAAGACAACCGCUACGUGCUGACAACUAUGAUACUGAUGUUCAUCCUCUUCCUCACUUCCACUAUUCCUUUGAUAAUCAAUAUCGUCCUCAAUUCCUUGUUGUACCGCUUCCAUCACCACCUGUUUUCCCACUUUGCAUGGUGGCUAUUCAUGGCAAAUUCAGCAUGGAAUCCAUGGGUCUACAAUUUUCGGAGUCGCCAGUUCAAAGAAGACCUGAUCAAUUUUCGUAAGAUCCUUCAAAUGCGACGACAACAGCAACUUCGUCCAAAGGAGCCCCAGCCACUGCCUUCCACAGGCUUCCCUUCUGCAAAUACAUCAUUGCCUACUGAGUCAAGGACUGAAUGAGACUCAAACCUGCCUUGAUGAAUCAAUAUCUUGUAUACCAUAAAGCUUUCUUAGUGAUAUGAUCAAUAUGCAAAAUCACAAAUAUAAAUCCUUCUAGUGAUCUAAUAAUCAGGCACAUUAGGACUGAAAAUACCAUAUUUUCUUAGAAACUAUAAAGCAAGAGCAUUUUCUAAGGAGUAUGAGUUAAUUUCAAAUACUGAAAAUGAAGUUUAAUUUUCUCCCAGGCACAGCUACAUUGAGCACUUUUGUACAUCAUCUAGCCCAAGGCCUUCCUCCUUUGUAUAAAUGUCAUGGUGGCAAGAUCAUCUUGCAAUAAAGUUAAAAUACAUGAAAAAAAAA